AUGCUGAAAUCUUCGUACGAUUCCCAGUCGUCCAAUUUGUUUGCGUCGCUUGGAGAAGCGGAAUUGGCUAGGAAUCUAGACCAAUUGUCACUCCUAUAUAAGGAAGCCACUAGUCCCAACGAUCUCGUAGCAUUGAUAGAACUGAUCGAUGAGGCCACUGAAAAAAUCGAUAAUGAGUUGAGCUACUAUGUGGCGUUGAAGCUGAAGCGUUUUCAGCAGGAAAUUACGAGCAUUGAGUUGAACAGAGCUACCAAGUUGUCUUCUACCAUAGCCAACUCGAACGAGCUACUGAAUCUUUUCCAUAGUGCCAAUGACUUGGGCCAUUCAUUGACAUUUAAAAUCAAGUCGUUGGACGAGGAAAUUGGAAAUGUCAACAAAACUCUUGAGUUUGUUUCAGAUAUUCAAUUGCUUCGUAACAAUAUCAACCAGGCAAACUAUGCUAUAGAACAUAGUAACUGGGAAGUUGCAGCGCAGUGUAUCCAUACCAUUACUUCUAAACUAUCUAAAGAGCUUAUUAACGGCAAGUUUGCAUCUGUGGUUAUCCCGUCAACUGAUAUCCCGGAGUUGCCAGAGGUAACCAUCAACGGCUGGAUUGCUCAGUUGACUGAAAUAUUCAAGAAGAAGUUCAACGACGCUGCUCAUGACAAAAAUGUAGAACAACUAACGAAAUAUUUCCAGCUAUUUCCCUUGAUUAACCAAGAAGAAAUCGGUUUGAAUUGCUACUCGAAGUUCAUCUGUCAAAUUAUCAGCGAUACACUGAAGAAUCUAGUAACUUCUACCUCCACUGUUAAUGCCGCAGACUUGAAAGUAGGCAUUUUCUCUACGAUAACCAUCCAGUUGUUUGAGAGCAUUUCCAUGAUGCUUUCACAACAUGGGCCGUUGAUAAAGAGGUACUAUAGUUCAACAUACCCCAACGCCUUGAACUAUGUGAUUUCUCGUAUCCAGAACGAAAUCGACACCCAGAUAGGAAUUGUAGCAGACACAUUCUACGAUGUCCGGAGAUUAGACAAGUACUUCCAGGAUAUCAAGUUGUACAACUUUCCUGUGCUCGCAAGAAGAAUGAAUGAACUACAGGAGCAGAUGAAUGAAAACAGAUUACUGGAGGAAAACGUUGACUUGAAUUCUACAAAUGACUUAGUUUCGAUUGUGCAAGUAGGAGAUCUCAUUAAUGAGUUGGCCACUAUACUUCAUCACUGGUCUUUGUACUGUAAGUUUAUCACCGUUAAGUACUUCAAGGAUGAGUCUACUGAUGGAAAGGAGUUGAAAUUGCCGGACUUAAUACUCAAUUCCAACUUCACAAAAAAAAUCCACAACAAGUAUCUCCCGUCAUUUGAGAACUUGUACAUUUUUUAUUUCCGCCGGUCUUUGGAGAAAGCAAUCACCAUAGAAGAGUUGCCCUCAUUGGAGACGUUCUUGUUGUACAACCCUAAUGUUCAUGAAAAAUCCACAGCCCCAGAACAGGUACCAUGUUCUUCUGUUAUUGAGGACGUGACGUUGGUGUUGAAUUCAAUGCUUCGUAAUGUUAUAGAUUCCAGUAUUCCGUCAACCGUGAAGAAGUUUAUAAGUGAAAGCUUUGCUGUGAUCCAACACGAUUUGAUCAAUGCCUUUUUCAUCAAGAACUUGAAUGACAACCAGCCACGUUACAACCAGACGUUAUCGUUGGUUUCUACCUUGAGCACUGCUAAUGCAUUAAGUGGAACUUCCAGUCCCGGAAUAACCAGAAGCGGUACUCCUGAGCCCAGUUCUACAUCUGGCAUGGGUUUCCUCAAAGGUGCCUCCAGCGCAUUGGGUAAUGUAGUUAGUAGUGGAGGUGCUUCAGCUAUCGUUGGAGGACUUCAGACAGCUCCUAAUAACCCUAAGUUGUUGCUGUUUCUCCUUUAUUUGAAUACGGUAGCCAUGGGCCAGGAGUAUUUCUCAAAAGUGUUUGACAAUAUCAUUAAAAACCCAAACUAUUUAAAUAAUGCAUUCCCGUUCGGAAAAGAUAGAGAAAAGGUUGAGUUGAUAUUGAAGAACGAGUUCAUAGAUCCGUUCAUCAGCAUCACCAACAAGAUAAUCAGUGACAGUAUAGUGAAUCUCUACAACCAGUCCAUCAAAAAUAAACUUGUUCAGUCUAUCAACGAGCUUUUCCCGGAAUCUAGUGAUUCCAACUACAUUAUUUACUCAUCUGGUGUACUUAACGACAACUCGUUGUUGAUUAAGUUUACCACUAUAUGGCAAUCUUUGAUUCGUCCAUACAUUCAAACGUUGCAUAAGACAUUAAUUUUUCUGAAACUCAUGAGACUAUUGGUGGUCAAUUUGGCUAAUCUUAUUGAAAAGAAGUUGAUCACUGUCAUCAAGAAGUUUAAGAUCAACGAAUUGGGAGCCAUCAAAUUGGAAAAGGACUUGUCUUUCUUGAUUAAUGAAGUCUGUGAAUCCAACUACCGACUUCGUGAGAAAUUUGUUAAAGUUACCCAGCUUGUCUUGUUGGUUGGCAUGGAUGACGACGAGUAUGACGAAAGUAUUAAACAUGUCAACCAGAGCAACAAGCAUCUAGAAGACGGAGAGGAGGUGGAAGAAAAUGAAGUCAUUGGUAUCAACUGGGUUUUGACACCACAAGAAAGAAAGCAAAUAAGGAAAUUUAGAGUAUAG